GCUACGGUUUGAUAAUGCACGGUUCAGUGCAUAUUUCAGACUCGACAAGAGUCAAUUUGAAACCUUGUUGCGCAUCGUUGCGCCUUCAAUAAUAAGGCAAGACACCCACAUGAGGCAAGCCAUCAGUCCAGAGGAACGACUCAGCAUUUGUUUAAGGUAUCUGGCAACUGGCGAUUCAUUCCGGUCCAUCGCUUUCGCCUUCAGGAUGGGUGCCAGCACUGUGGCAGGCAUAGUUCAUCAGGUCUGCACAGCUAUUUGGGAUUGCCUCCUGCCAGAUUACAUGCCUAUUCCAGACAAAGCAGCGUGGAGAAAGAUAGCCACUGGAUUCCAACAGCUGGAUUUCCCCAACUGCAUAGGGGCAAUGGAUGGGAAACACGUAGUCAUUGAGGCUCCUCCCUCCAGUGGCACUCUUUAUUACAAUUACAAAGGCACUUUUUCCAUCGUCCUUCUGGCUGUAGUCGACGCCAGGUACUGUUUCAGGCUUGUUGACAUCGGGGCCUAUGGAAGAAACAGUGAUGGGGGAACCCUCUCCUCCUCCGCUUUUGGUACUGCCCUACGGCAGAACACAUUGGGUAUCCCGGAUGACUCCAUCCUCCCAGGGGCAGAACAUCUUGGCCCGAUGCCUCAUGUGUUUCUGGCAGACGAAGCCUUCCCCUUGCGCCGUAACAUCAUGCGCCCAUACCCUGGCUACAACACUGGAGAAAAAAAAGUGUUUAACACCCGUCUCUCUCACGUGCGCAGAAUGGUCGAGUGUGCGUUUGGCAUACUGGCAUCCCAAUGGAGAGUGUACCGUCGGGUGCUGUGUGUCUCUCCAGAAGUGGAAGAGAAUGUGGUAAAGGCCACCUGCAUGCUCCAUAACUUUCUCAGGUGGGAUGCCAGCACUACAAUACCGGCUAGGUCAUCUACUGGAACAUCCACAGCUGCGCCAUCACAAGGUCUCCAGAACGCACCUCGCCUUGGCACCAACAAUGCUGGCAGAGAUGCUGUGGCAGUGAGGGAGAAGUUUGCUCAGUACUUCAUGUCUGAAGCUGGACGAGUUCCCUGGCAGGAUAACAUCUAG